UUAAUAUCACUGUUGUUUUGCCAAUUUAGAAUUUAAUCCACCCAUCAAAAUUUUUAUUCUUAAUUCCCUUGAGACAAGGAAACCAUGAUGGUUUAACAACUAUAAAUAAAGAAAGUUUUGAGGUAACCCCCCCAAAAAAAUAAAUAAAUCUCCUUGUUUGGUGGGGAUUUAGGGAAAAUAAUCAUUGAAACAAAGGUGGAUAUCUUCAAUGGAGAAAUCAUCUAGUAGUGGCUUAUUUGAAUUGGGAAUAGAGGACUGUGGUUUUAUUCAUCAAUGGCAAAUGAACCCUCUAGAUGAGCUGAGCAUACUGCCAUCAACAGCUGCUUUUGAAGAGAAUUUGCAGCAGUACUCCUGCACUUUCCAAGCUUUCAAUCUCAGACCUUCUGCUAAUACUUAUAACAAUGGCAUUGAUAGACCCUCGAAACAACUGAAAUCCAACAAUUGGAAUUCAAGUAAACCUUAUCUCACAUCAAUCCCACAAGCUGCUGUGUCUCAAAAUAGUGCUACUCUUUCCUUUGCCAAUGCUAAUAAUCAAGUGAUGAGCUUUAUGAAGCCUAAGGAGGAGGCUGCAAUUUGUGCGGAAAACAUUCAUAUCCUGCCUGCUGAUAUACUGGCUUCUCAAGGUUCCUUUCGGAAACAAAACCAUGCAUUCAAGGCUUGCCAGGGAAGUAGUAACAAGAGUAGCACAAACACUGCUAGGCUUUCUCAAACACAGGAUCAUAUUAUGGCAGAAAGGAAGCGCCGGGAGAAGCUCAGCCAGAGAUUCAUAGCCUUGUCUGCUAUAAUUCCUGGCCUUAAAAAGAUGGACAAGGCUUCGGUUCUUGGAGAUGCUAUCAAGUAUUUGAAGCAACUGCAGGAGAGAGUGAAGAUUCUGGAGGAAGAUACCAGGAAGAAAACCAUAGAAUCAGUAAUCUUUGUAAAGAAAUCUCAAUUGUCAAUGGAGAGUGAUCAAAACUCUUUCUCAGACGAAAAUUUCUCAAGUUGUCCCUAUGAUGAGCCACUGCCAGAGAUUGAAGUCAGGUUUUGUGAUAAGAAUGUUCUGAUUAGAAUCCACUGUGAAAAGAGAAAAGGAGUCCUGGAGAAAACAAUUGCUGAAGUUGAGAAGAUCCACCUCACAAUCAUCAAUAGCAGUCUCAUGACAUUUGGUAGCUCAGCUCUUGAUGUUACAAUUAUUGCCCAGAUGGAUGUGGAAUUCAAAAUGAGUGUCAAGGAUCUCGUGAAGCAUCUAAGAUCAGUCUUUGAAUUGUUGAAGUGAUAGUCCUGUCUGUUUCUGUACUAGGCCUGAAAGCUUCUCAAAACCAAGAAUAAAGUUGGAUUAAUCCUCAUACAAGUCCUGUAGAGUUGCUGCACCAAUCACCAUGACAGAUGUAGAAAUUGAAGCUUGUUUGCCGUGAGUUCCAUUUUUCAGGAGGGUUUCUUUGAAGAAGAUUUCUUCUUUGUUUUUUCCAUGGUUAAUUAAAUUGUUAAUUACCAUGUUCAACUUAUCACCUGUUUAAAGUAGUGGUGAUCUCACAGCUUGUAUCUUGCUUUUUUUGGAAGGUUGGACCAGGUGAUAUCUGUAUUUUGUCCCUCUUUCUUUUUCCUCCUCAAGAGUUUGUGAAAGAGGGAAGAAUGAUGUUUUAGCAGUGGUGUCGGGUAAAAACAGGGCUUUCUUCUCCAGCA